AUGAGCCCUUCCAGUUUGACAUUGCGCUAUGUUCUGCCAUGUCAUUCCUGCACAAGCUGCGACGAGGCCACAGUUGCGGAUAGGGUGUCCCUACUUGACACACCCUCCGUGCCUGUCAUUACGUGGACGACACCUUCUGAGUUCCUCACUGCAGUAAAGGCAACCGUGCCCGUUGACAGCGCCAAACAUAAUGGAAGCUUAGCUGUUGGGGAGGAUGGGUUGGGCCUCCACCUGCUCUCAGCUGAUUCUGCUGGCGCGGCUGCCGGUGAUGGAGAGGCUGGGCCCCGUGUCAUCCAACUGACUCUGGAUUGGGUGCUUGCUUUGCCAUGUGUCAGUGAUGACGCUGAGGGUAAUAGCGGUGUGGAGCUGCAUGUACUGAGGACCAAUCGCUUGGAUUUUCUUGUUCAAACAUGGAGUGCGGUGACGUCACACAUUGUUAGGCUUACAACCUGGCCAAGGAUGGAAGUAAGUUUCUUUCCGAGUGGGUUUCCGUGCGAAAUCGUAUCAGGGAUGAUAAACGGCAGCGAGCCGAGUUACUACGAGGUUCGAGCUUGUAUUCCCAUCCGUUUAGUGCUCUCUCCAACUCCCGAGGGGACAAAGGAGAGAAAAAAUGAUGAUAGGGGGUCUGUGUCUGAAAUGCUCGAGGAGUUUGCUAGUACGAAGCGCAUGUACGCCCAUCAGCUGCGUGCACUCAUUCAUGAUGCCGCCUUCAGUUGCAUUUCAAGCAAUCCCACGUCGUUUUGUGGUUUUGACGAAGCACCGUCGUCAGGAAGGGGGACAGACACUGCCUCCCCUGGUGAAAGCGUCAAAGAGGAGGAAGCAGUGAGUAGCGCCAGCACCAAUCAACAAAGUGGGGGUGGAGUCAGCGCGGGAAAGGAACCCAAGGGGCCACAACAGGUAUUACCGCGUGUCUUCCACUCGAUUCCGCCGCCGCCAGUACCCGUUGCCUUGAACAUAUGCCUGACACAUCAUGGUGAGGAUGGUGAAGUGCCCACCGAGGGCGAUGACCAAAGGGAGCGCGAUGUAGUGUUGUUUGUGCACACGGUAGUGCGUGCCGUCCGCCCACGCUCAGGCGCGUCACCACGCCUGAGACCCCGGCGUAUUGCCCUGGAUGCCCUCGUGAACCUUUUCCCGGAGCGUUUCGCUGUCCACGGGGUGUCGGAUGUGGCAGUGGCGGAGGUAAAUGUUGAGGACCUCUCUUGCAUGUGGGUGCCGUUUAACGAUACCACCAUUGGAGGAGAUGUGUUGGCGCUGUCGGCUGAAGAGUACUUUUCAUUCCAUGGGCGGCAGGACUCUGAGGCCUCCGGACAGGCGUCUCCAAGGGGUAAUGGGUCUAAGAUGCAGCAUAAUCCCUAUGACAGAAUGCGAGUUAGUCCCGCAGAUGUGGAUCCACAUGGAAGAAAAACCGCUCCGCAACCUUGUUUUGGUUGGGGACGAGGCAUGUGUUUUAAUGGCGGGGGACCUGGCAGACCAUUCACAUUUAAUCCGGCUCUGUGCGGGACAUUCCAGUGUUUUCCGUGGACUCCCAGCUUCGCACUGCGGAAAGGGAGAACGGCAUCUGCAGGGGCCGCAGAGACUUCAGAGGUACGGGAUGUGGUGAGAUCGUCGUGGACGGGGGUCUCUUCGUGGAAAAAUGUCACACCCGGGUUGUCAUGUUCGUGGAGGGGAGAAAGUUCGGGAUCACGGAGGGGAGGUAAAUCAGGAUCAUUGAGGAGCGGUGCGUCGGAGGCGCCGUGGGCGCCAUGGGCAGCGGAGACUCCAGAUGAUGUAUCAGUCAAAGUGCCACCACAGGCGGAGGAGACAUCGGCUGUUAGUGCAUCGCCACAGGAUGAUAAUGAGGUGAUGGAUUUGUCUGACAGUAGGCAGAUGAUACUGGAGUGGGCUGACAGCAUCGGUUUGAGUAGGCGGAGAACAGCCAAUCUGGCCCAACAAUUGGAGCGUUUGGGCGAACAAUUUGCUAGUAUAUCGCUCCAGCACUGCGUGACAACUGACGGAGCCGACAAGCGGAAGAAGGGUCGCGGCGGUAGAAAUGGCCAAAAGGCGGUUGAUGCGGGGGCCCCUGAGGAAGAUUCGGACGCUGUACAUUUGGUGGAGGGACUCAUUGGAGCAUCUAUGCGGCCUCAUGGGAGUAUCUCUGAGGAAGUGCUUCGGUUUGCUGCGCGUCUUUUGGGCGGCGCGAAACAGUGUGAAGAAGAUUAUGGCAGUGUUGACGAAUGCGCCAAGGAAGCUUUUGAUAUGAUACAGAAACUAGACCAAGAUCUACGCGCCACUGCGCUGGAGGUGCAACGCACACAAAAGGAUAUACGCAAGACACUUAGCGGCAUCUUGACACCAAAAGGGGAGCGAAAGGCGAAGGUUGAAACUCCUAAUUUAUUCUACCCUGCAAUUAAAGCACUAAACCCAGAGCAAAGCCAUCGGACUGAGUUAUUUGGUAUUGGCGCUCCCUCCGGACUCUCUAGGAGCGGGGACAUUCUGACGUUGCUUCGUUUCAAGAAGGGAGACUAUGAGGUGGCCGAGCAAAGCGUAAUGACGGUGAGCGAUAAAUUACGUAAAGCGGAGGUGUGGUGCGCCGCGCAACUUGAGCAGAUGCAGCUUGUUGUGAAACUGUAUAAGGACAUUCUGGUGCCAUGUUUGGAUGCGCGAGUGGCCACGAAGAGGGACGAGGAGCGAAAGCGCUCAAAGCUGAUAGUAGACUGGGCAGUGUCUAUCGCAAUCGUGCUUGAAAGCCAGAGAAGCGCAGAGAGCCAAGAGUCCAACGGCGUGGAAAGGCAUGAGGACGAGCAUUUGUCUCAUAAGGGACCACGAGGCGCAGCUUCUACGGAGAAACCCUUACGGCUAUCCAAUGGCAAACCACUUUUGAACGGCGGUAGCAACGGCAGAGCUCACGAAGGGCAAGCCGAGCCUUUGAAAACUCAUGAUGCCACCACCAGAAGUGAGGGGAAAGGACUUGAGGCAAGUUCCGAGCGCCCAGCAAAGGUUGAGCGGCCGGUUAAAGCUGAAAGGCCGGCUAAGACCGAGCGUCCAAUGAAGGCCGAUCGCGUGGCUCCACCUGUGACUGAAACAACCCGUGAUUUACAUAGAUCGACCUCGCCGAAGAGGAAGCGAAAGGCCCCAGCAGUUGUCGCACAACCAUGGUCCCUGAUGACGGUCACCCCGGCACCUGUAGUCACGACGCAGCGGCGUGGCAGUCGCUACCGUAGAUUUCUAUGGCGGCUCGCUCGUUUUUCGCAGGUGGACCGCCUACGUCGUAACGCUUACCUUUUGGCAUUGUUGGCGUCGGUUGCUGUUGCUUACCUCGUUGUCGUAUUUCUCUACGGCUGA